AUGGGGGAGAAUGCUGGGAGCUGCCACGCCCAGGUGCGGAAGUGUGCGGCCGAACUCCUCCUGUCCCUGAUGGAGAGAAUUGGAGUCACGAAGCUCGCAGGCACACCCAGGGCUGAGAGGCUGGCACACGUGGCAGGGAAGCUUGCUCAGGACUGUCACAAGGACACAAGGCAUUAUGGACAGGAGAUGGUGAAGAUGUUGCUCACAGAUCAACAACUUAAACUGCUUUUGGAACGAUCUCUUUCCACCCGUGACCUGGAAGAAAUCCUGACAAGAAUGAAGAAGAAAGGGAUGGAAAACCAGAAGGCUGAACGCCCAUCUGUCAAGGAGCCGGUGAAGGAGAGGAACGAUGGCUCAAAGAAGCCCCAGGCCACAGUGCCUUCUAGCAAACGGGUGAAAUCUACCUCUGAUGAACACCUCCUACACCGUGCAAAAGCCCAGGUCACGUUACCUCCAGCUGUGGAAGAAACUGAGCUGCUCCAGAAGCUUUACCAUCUCCUGGAAGCCAAGGGGUUUCAGACACGGAUGGAAGGAGUGGCACUCCUCCUAGACCUGUGCAAAACCAGCCCCCAGCUCAUCUGCACUAACAUUGUCCAAAUUUUUGAUUAUUUUGUCCGGAGAAUAUCUGACAGCCACAAGAAGGUGAAGCAGAAGGCGCUGGACGUGCUGGCUGAAAUCACAGGCGUCCUGAAAGAUGCCCUGAACCCGGUGAUCAUUGGUUUGGUGGAGGGAAUAACAAGGAACCUGAACUCUAAAGAUCCCAGGGUUCGUGCUGCAGCUGUGAAAGCACUGGACAAAUCCAUUGCUCAUUUGGAUAAAGUAUCACUGCUGAAAGAGUUCAGCUACCAAUGGAAUCAGCUGAGUGGCCAAGCUCUGCUGGAUGUCACGGAGCGUAUCACAGUGCUUGUGGAGUGGGUUUAUGCCAGCAGCCCUGAAGUGGUCCAGCACGACGCCCUGCCCGUGCUCUGGUCCUUCCUGGAGAACAAGGCGCUGCCUGUCCGAAGCGCCAACGUCCGCACCGUGGCCACCAAGCUUGCCUGUGCCCUCUACAAGGUGAUGGGCACCCAGCUGAAGAAAUGCGCUGCCAGCAAGCCUCCACAUGUGCGGGAAAACCUCUCCAAGAUUUUGGGCUGUCAUGGCGUGGGGGGCCUGAAGCAACUCCAGAUGGAGGACAAGGUGAGGGCGGAUCAUGGCUCAGCCUCACACAGAGAUCUGACUGGUUACAGACUUACUGAGAAGUUUUCUCUGGAUACUUCCGAUGUUCCCUUACCCACAAAGUCUUUGCCUCCCGUCCAGAAGAGCUCUCUUUCCUCCAAGCUCAGGAAGCAGCUGCCACCUGUCAGAAGAGUGUUUGAAGAAUAG